AAAAAGAAGAAGAAAACUGAUUCAGACAAGAAGUAGAAGACAGAGAUCCUUCUAGCCAGUUCCGAGAUCGAUGGAGGUUCUUGCCAAACCACCGAGUUCAGCUUCUCCUGUCAAGGAUGAAAUGGGUCGACGUUCAUCUUCACCUACCUCCAAGACUAAUAGUAAUAAUCCCCGGACCGGGAAAAAAGAGGGUGAUCAUGAACUGGAAACGGCCAAAGCAGAGAUGAGCGAGGUGAAGGAAGAGAACGAGAGGCUGAGGAUGAUGCUAGAAAGGAUCGAAAAUGACUACAGGUGUCUCAAACUCAGAUUCUUCGACAUAAUCCAACAAGACACUCCGACCAAAACGGCUCAAGAAUCUCCUCACGAUGAAGAUCCGAGCUCCUCCGACCAAGAAGAACGUGAUCUCGUGUCCCUUUCCCUCGGGGGAAGAAGCUCUUCCCCGGGUAAUGGCGUCGCCAAGAAAGAAGAGAAGUCGGGAGCGGCUGGAGAGAAAGAAGAGUUGACUAAAGCCGGGUUGACUUUAGGGUUCAGUCCUGACCCGAAGACCCGCCUGUCUUCUCAGAAUGUCGCAAGCUCGAGCCGGGAAAACAGUUUGGAAGAGGGGACCAACAAGGAGGAAGAAGCUGGGGCGGAAACAAAGGCCACCGGGAAGAGAAGUCCAGGAGGUGAUGUUGAUGAAAUUGGUCAGCAAAAUCACGUUAAGAGAGCUAGGGUUUGUGUUCGAGCAAGAUGUGACGCGCCAACGAUGAAUGAUGGAUGCCAAUGGAGGAAAUAUGGACAGAAGAUCGCAAAAGGAAACCCAUGUCCACGAGCUUACUACCGCUGCACAGUUGCACCUAAUUGCCCUGUCAGAAAGCAGGUGCAAAGAUGUGCAGAUGACAUGUCCAUACUAAUAACAACCUACGAAGGAACACACAACCAUCCUCUCCCGAUGUCGGCCACAGCCAUGGCAUCGACCACCUCAGCGGCUGCCUCCAUGCUCCUCUCUGGCUCAUCCACGUCCUCUCAGUCUCAGUCUACGGCCACUGUAUCAGCAUCCGAUAUGAUCGGAAAUGGUUUCAAUUUCAAUCUCUAUGAUAAGUCACAAUUAAUCUCGAAUAAGCUCUUCUAUUCACCGGCCACCACCGGCCUCUCCCCUUUGCACCCCACCGUUACUCUAGACCUCACGGCUCCACCACAAGGAAAUUCUUCUCUGAAUUUCAACAGAUUCCCAAGCUCUACCUCUUCAUCUCAGAGGAUAUUCCCGUCCACGAGCUUUAGUUUCUCUUCUUCUUCAGCUUCAUCGGCGAUCAAUCUACCAGCCAUGUGGGGUAACCCUAACGGAUACCCGUACUCUAGAUCAGUUCCCUACAACAGUGUCCAAUUCGGACAGUCUAAUUCCCUAAACACGGGCAAGGCAGCCAAACAGAGUCAAGAGUCACUGACGGAAACCCUAACCAAAGCGCUUACUUCUGACCCGAGUUUCCAGUCGGUGAUUGCUGCAGCCAUCUCGACAAUGGUGGGAUCAGGAAACGGGGAGCAAAUGGCGAGGGGAAGAGAAGGUCUUGUCCAUGAAAAUCCGACACGUAACAAGAUCAACGUACUGAAUAGUUCCGUACAAGGGAAUCAACAGAUCGCGAGCAUUAAUAACAAAGGAUGUGGAGGAGGAGGCUACUUCAGUAGCUUGUUGUCGUCGACCAUGGCGAAUCCUCAAGCGGGCGGAGGGUCGUCAGAAAAAUCCUCGCAGUUGCCUUUUUCCAUCUUCAAGAAGGCUUCUGCUACCACGACUAGUUUUGCUGACAAAGAAGAUAAGAGUUGACCAACCUCUUCUUUUUUUUUUUUAUUUUUUUUUAUAUAGUGUUUUAUUUUUGUAGUUAUGUGUAAAAUUUGGGUUUUAUAGCGGUUUUUAUUUUUAUUUUUUAAGUUUCCUAAGUCUUGUGGUGUUUUUUAAAUUAGGAGGAGGGUACCGAACCAAAUGCAAAUUGUUCAAAUGUUGGAAUCGUAUUCUUUUGAAAGCCU